GUAAUGCUAGAGUGACAACAUACGGAGGACCACACAAUAUCAGAGUUCUGAAGGGACUUGAUGAAUCGAAACACAUCCUUCAUGCACCAAACCCCGAAGAAGUCGAAGCGUUAAGAGUCAUGAAUAGGAUCAAACGUAAAGCUACAGAAAAUCCUGAAGCUCCUCCAGCUCAAAUAUUACGAACUGAAUUGCGAAACGUUUCACCAGCGGUAUUAGCGGAAAUGCCAAACAGAAUUAAUUCCCGAAAAAGUCUUAGUCGUGAAAGAUUAAAAGAUUUUCCCUCGAACCCGCGAACGCUGAGAGAAUUGCAGGAUAUUCCAGGCUUUUAUCAAAAUUCAUUGAAUGGAGAUAAAUUUCUAAUUUACGACUCCUAUGAAAAUGACGAAGACUCAGAAUUUGGGAGAAUACUCGUGUUCGCGACGCCUGAAAAUUUAAGGCAAUUAUUCAGGAGCAUAUUGUGGUUUGCCGACGGAACAUUUAAAACUGCGCCAAGUAUAUUUUUCCAAGUUUUCGCAAUUCUCGGAGCAGUUACACAACCGGAUUCAAGAGGAAAACCACAAACUAUUGGUUUACCUUUUGUCUACGCAUUAUUAGAAAACAAAGAGCAGAAAGUAUACGAAAAAGUAUUCUCGGUUGUUUUGCAAGAGGCAGAACGUCUAGGUAUCGAUAUUUCUCUUCCGAUUAAAGUGAUGACAGAUUUUGAGUUGGCUAUCAUCAAUGCUGUAAAAAUCGUAAUGGGCGAAGACAAGGCACGCUGCUGUUUUUUCCACCUCUGUCAAAACAUGUACCGCCAUAUCCAAAGUGAAGGACUUCAGAAAAUGUAUUGCGAUCCUGAAGAUCGAUCGGUCAAAGUAGCCACUCAUAUGAUAUGUGCCCUUGCUUUCGUCCCACAUCAAAACAUCGCCCGAGAAUUCGAAACCUUAAAAAAUGAAAUACCGGAGGAAAUGCGACCAAUUUCAAAAUACUUUGACGCUACGUACGUCCGAGGAAAACCUGCAAAAGGUCGACGUAAACAGGUGCAUCCUCGCUAUGCUCCAGAUUUGUGGUGUCAAUAUGAUGCAGUCAUUCAACAAACUGCGAGAACGAAUAAUAUAUCCGAAGGAUGGCACAACAGGCUUCAAGUUGUUAUAGGGAAAGAUCACCCCAGCUUCUACAUUUUUCUUUCCGAGUUGCAGAAAGAGCAAUCGGACACAGAAAUAAUGAUGCGACAAUUGCAAUCAGGACAGCAAGUUAAGAAAAAUAAAGAUUCCAAGAGGUUGAAACAUGAACAGAGAAUAUUUAACAUUGUUUCGAAAUAUCACGAAUAUGUUGAUAACAAUGAUAUUGUCACAUACUUGAAAACUCUAGGAUACUAUAUUCGCAUGUAA